AUGGCGCGUGGACCGACGUUUGAUGAUUUCGUGCGCGGUGACGCGACGUACGCCGUGCCCGCGCCGAGGUCGUUGCGGGAUAAGACGACGCGGAAGCCGACGUGGCUCAAGCGCGAGGUCCCGGGCGGGGCGCGGUACACGGAGAUCAAGGCGAAACUGCGGGAGCUGAAGCUCGCGACGGUGUGCGAGGAGGCGAAGUGCCCGAAUUUGGGCGAGUGCUGGGGCGGUGGUGAGGGACGGACGGCGACGGCGACGAUCAUGAUCAUGGGGGACACGUGCACGCGCGGGUGCCGGUUUUGCGCGGUGAAGACGUCGAGGGCGCCGCCGCCGUUGGAUAAGGAUGAGCCGGCGAACGUGAGCAAGGCGAUCGCGGCGUGGGGGUUGGAUUACGUCGUGCUCACGAGCGUCGACCGGGACGACAUCGAGGACCAAGGGGCUGGGCACUUUAGGGAGACGGUGCAAAGGCUCAAGGGGCAGUCCGACGUCUUGGUCGAGGCGCUGACUCCGGAUUUCCGAGGCGAGAAGCACCUGGUCGAGCUCGUUGCGUCUUCUGGUUUGGACGUGUACGCGCACAACGUCGAGACGGUUCCGGAACUUCAGGCGGACGUGCGCGACCGCCGGGCGAACUGGGAUCAAUCCAUCGAAGUGCUGAAGCACGCGAAAAAAUCAGGCGCGAAGAUCACGAAGACGUCCAUCAUGCUCGGUCUCGGUGAGACGCACGACCAAGUCAUCAACGCUCUCAAGUUGCUCCGCGAGGCUGACGUGGACGUCGUGACUUUUGGACAGUACAUGCGACCGACGAAGAAGCACCUUGCCGUGGUCGAGUACAUCACUCCCGAGGCGUUCAAGCGCUACCAAGAAAUCGCGGAGGGCAUGGGUUUCUUGUACGUCGCGUCCGGAGCCAUGGUUCGCUCUUCUUACAAGGCGGGUGAAUUUUUCCUCGCGAACGUCAUCAAGGAGCGCAAGGCAAAGGAGGGCGCUACCGCUUCGGCGUCGUGA